AUGUCUCAACAACGUCUACUCUUCAUGUUUAUCGUUGGUAUGUCACUUUUUAUCAUCGUACAAAUGUGUAGUAUCAAUAAUAAUCCCGAUGAAUUUCGACGCUAUCAACGCGGCUUUGGUAAUCGACGUGCUUUAAUCAGUGCACUAAAGCAUCACUAUCCAAAAGACAUUCUAUUCGGAUUGGACAAUCAAGACAAUGUUCGAUCUAAUAAAUAUUUAUUCUCAAAUCCUUAUGACGCAAUAGAACAACACGAUUUAACUCAGCAACAACAGACACCUAUCACUUAUCGUUGA